AUGAUCCUCGACAGCAAGGUCAUUCUCACUCCUCCGCCGUCCUACGCUGCGGCGGCGGCGGAUAGACCUCCAUCGUUCUCAGACUCGUCUCGACGUAUUACGCUGUCGACUUUGCCACCAUAUCUGCUGUUGCGGACAGUGUAUGAGAUAUUCCCUCGAGGGCAGCCGGAGGGGCAGAGGCGGAUCCUCUACUGGCUCACAGUAAGCCUUCGGCGCGUCAGUCGCUCUCUCUACAUCGCGUGUAUGCACGUCCUCCGCUCGACCUACCUCCCCAUCUACAGCUCACUCGUCCGCGCACCCUACUCCUCCGACCCCUUUCCGAUGGCGACCCCCGAAGUCAGCGACGCGGACCCGCCCGUAUCGCCCGUGCGCUCUCUCCAGCGCGAGACGCACGUCCUCGACCUCUUCAUCGCGCUCAAGGUCCGCGAGGACGUCUGGGCGGACGAGAGCGAGCUCCACCUCGAGCGCGAGGAGAGCUUCAAGGACCUCUUCGACCUCAUGCAGCCGCGCGCACGCCUCGAGGACAUCGUACGGCUCUACGGCAUCCGCGCGGGCGUCAUCUCUGUGUCUGGCCCGCCGUGGACCCCGUCCGCCCCGCCGUCGCGAUGCCAGACGCCGAACGGCUCGCGCUCGGUCCCUUUCAACCUGGUGUCGGUGUCGUUCUCCCCUAGGAAGGUCGGCCUCGUGCUCGCGACGAAGCAGCGCAGGAAGACGGUUGUGGAUGUGGCGCGGACACGGGACCAGACUCUGGAGGCAAAUGCGGCGCACUUGGUCAGGGAGCUGGCGGCUUGGCUGUCCACGAACCCUCAAUACUUGACUAUACUGAUGUGA